CAGGCUGUGACGUAGCAUGCAAUUUCGCAACAGAAACUGCAAAUCAUGGCUAUCUGAAUGGAUGAAUCAUAGCUCAUAAGCUUCUUGACCUCUUUGAAAAUAUUCCUGCGUGCAACUUCCCUCAACGUGUGACGGAAACACCCAGUUUUUCUUCCGGAUUAAUUCAUGCAACGUGGUCUCGUGAAAUCACUCGUUUUCACGCGAGAUAUUGAAAUUUAAACAUGGCGGACACACAGGCGAAAGAAAACACCGGUGCCACGGCGGAAAAUGUUGUUAGUAACGCCGAUACUGGCGAUUCUGACGGGCAACUUGUAGCUCAGCAGGAACAAGAUGGUCAGGCCGGCGCUCCCGCAGAGCAAGAGCCUCUGGAGCAGCCACAGCAAAACACCUGGCAAGUGGUCAAGAAUGUCUUCUUCCGAAUUUUCGUCGUCUGGAUGGUGGCCAGCAUGUUCAAGCGCCAGCCAGCACAAGAGGGCUCGGACCAAGGAGGAGUCACCACACGCAAGCCUGCCCACAACCUCUUCCCUCCUGGGACGAGGAUGGAUCUACGAGUGUACCUGUCAGAAAGUGAGCACUUCAAGGAGUUUAAUGACACGAGUAAGCUGUUCUGGCAGAAGAAGGGACUGACAUAUGGGGACUGGGACAGCGGGGUCAACAAAGACGGGUCGUUUACAUAUGAAGCAGAAAUCACCACAUCAGAGCAUAUGAUGAAUAAUGGGUCUAUGUGGAUCCAUGUCUUUCUGACCAAGAGUGGCAAGUCACCAGACCCAACUCAGAAGAAACUAUAUUCAAGAGCAGCUACCAUUUACAAGAAGAAGAUGCUUAACAGGUACAAGAAGAAGAGGUAUCUGAAGACACAGAACCUUCUGACUGGGGCAACUGAGCUGACUCUAGAAGACCAAGCGAAAGCUGCUAAUUCCACAGUGGAAAUCCUGUCCCACUGGCACCCCAACAUGACCAUAAACCUCAUGGAUGACCACACACCAUGGGUACGGGGGUCAGUGCCUGCACCACUGGAUGAGUUCAUAGACUUUGAGCCGGUGACAGGAGGCUACCUGCCUGUCCUAUACUUCAAUGACUACUGGAACCUCAACAGGGACUUCCAACCUAUCAGUGCUGCCAAUGAGACCCUGCUGCUGAGCCUGACCUACAGCCCCAUCUCGCUGUUCCGCUGGCAGAUGUACGCAGCACAGAACAUGCGCUCCAAAUGGGCCAAUGUGCUCGGGGAGGACGUCAUGGAGAAUGAUGACGAUGACGACUCACUCAAGCAAGCCUUCCUGGAAACAAACCCGUACCUCCUCGGACUGACCAUCAUAGUGUCCUUGGUCCACAGCGUCUUUGAAUUCUUGGCAUUUAAGAAUGAUAUCCAGUUUUGGAACAGCCGUAAGUCUCUGGAGGGUCUAUCUGUGCGGUCUGUGUUCUUCAACGUGUUCACGUCCCUGAUCGUGGUGCUGUAUGUCAUGGACAAUGAGACCAACUUCGUGGUGCGGAUCAGCUGCAUGGUUGGGCUGGCCAUAGAGAUGUGGAAGAUCACCAAGGUAGUCACAGUCAAGCUUGACAGAGAGGCCCCAAUAUUAGGAGUCAUACCUCGUGUCAGAUUGGAGGACAAGAGCACCUAUGUGGAGUCAUCCACCAAGCAGUAUGAUCAGCUGGCUUUCAAGUAUUUAGGAAUAGCGUUGUUUCCACUGCUGGGGUGCUAUGCUGUGUACUCUCUCAUGUACAACGAGCACAAGGGCUGGUAUUCUUAUGUCCUGAACAUGAUCUAUGGAUUCUUACUAAUGUUCGGUUUUAUCAUGAUGACACCACAGCUGUUCAUCAACUACAAGCUGAAGUCAGUGGCACACCUCCCCUGGCGCAUGCUGACCUACAAGGCUCUCAACACCUUCAUCGACGACCUGUUUGCAUUUGUUAUCCAGAUGCCAAUGAUGUAUCGCAUAGGCUGCUUCCGAGAUGACAUAGUCUUCUUCAUCUACCUAUACCAACGGUACAUCUACCGUGUGGACCCCAAACGUGUGAACGAGUUUGGUACGACCGGGGAGGAUCAUGAUGUACAACCCAACGGCAGUAUAGGGGCAACACCAACGGAGGGAGAGCAGCCAGCUGUCCAGGACAAGCCUGCUGAGGAGAAGAAAAAAGACUAAAGAUGGACUCUAAGAUUCUAGUGAAAUUUUUUUCCAGGCCAUGUCUGGUAUUGCAUUACAUGUAGAUGCUGUUCUUUGGAAGCAGGGGCCAUUCUACUCUAGAUGAUAUGAUGUAGUGUUGUUAGGCAUUUUGUCAGCAAUGUAAGUUUUGUCAGAUACAUGUGACGCAUAGUACAUAUAUGUCACGACACAAGUAGUUUUAGAAUUUAAGAAGAAAAA